ACGGAGUUUCAAAGCAGCGUGCCAUCUCAAACUUGCCAGCGUUUGCAGGUCAUGAAAACUUGCGUUUGAUUAAUCCCCCCGUUGCUACAUUUCCAUUCAUCUUACUCACACUUCAUGGUGGUAUGUGCCAAUUUUGCUAAAACGAAAUAUCCAGGUAUCGCAAAAGCAAAAACGAAGACUACUACAGACAACGCUCCCUCUUUGAUCUGAAUUAAAGUAAAACAACAAAGCUCCCCAAAUGUCUGCGUCAUUCGACAAGGACAAGGAAUCAUUGGUCAAAGGCUUUUCUCCAAUGCACGAUCAUCCACUUCAACAUCAACUAUUCUAUGGCAGCUCUAAUGCUGUCAAUGGGUCAUCCAAUCUGGUAUCCUCUCCCUCUCAAUCACCUGCUCCAUCUUCACCUUCCAUGGUUGGGUACCACAUGCCCAUGUACGGUAACAAUAUGGCCCGUUAUCCAGUGCAAAUGAAUCUGUCACAGAAACUUCAACCACAACAGCAAAGUGGCAUGAAUCAUAAUCCUCUGGCUCACCAUAGCCUUUCAGCACCUACCGGAAACUCCCCGGUAUCGCCACACAUAGACCUAUCGACCCUCAAUUCUUCACAACCAAAUACCCCCUAUUUGGCACGACAGUUGAGCUAUGCACAAAUGUCGCGUCAGUCAGCCUCACCUCAUCAUCACGCUCGAACAGCUGCUGCACUGGCACGAGGAACGACCUUAUCCACGGCUGUCACCAUCACCGAUCCAAACAACCCAACCAAGACCCUCACUGGUCUUGGUGCCAAACGCGGAGGGAGGUCAACCGAAGGGCAUGAUAAUGAAGGUGUUCCUGCUAAAGUCAAUGACCCCAAUCCUCUGCAGUCAUGGUCUUCUUUAGAUAUGGGUGGAAUGGGUCUCCAAAACCUGUCUGCUACCCUGUUCAAUGCCUAUGAAUUUCUCACUACUUUGUACAUCAACCAUAACAACUUAACCUACAUAAGUAGCGCCAUUUCGAAUCUUGUGAACCUAAAGGUUCUAGACGCAUCCGGCAACAAGCUCACCUCCAUACCACCGGAGAUGGGUAUGCUUGUGCAGCUGAAAGAACUGCUACUCUUUGACAAUAGCCUCGAAACCCUGCCCAAUGAACUAGGUACUCUCUAUCAACUGGAGACGCUAGGUUUAGAAGGAAAUCCAAUCCAUUCUGCUUUAAAGUCUUUACUGCUGAAAGAGGGCUCACAAGCCGUCAUUGUUUCUUUGCGCGAGAAUUGUCCAGUUGGUAUGCCGCCACCUGAGCGAGAGUGGAUUACUGUAGAUGGCGAUUCAUCCAACGAUGAUCCAAACGACAAAAUCACAGUCUUUUCUUAUAACAUCCUUUGUGAGCGGCUUGCCACUGCUAGUCAGUAUGGAUAUACUCCAUCAUGGGCAUUGUCCUGGGAGUACCGUAGAGAGCUUCUCGUUCCGGAAAUUGUCGGAUGGGGUGCAGAUAUCAUCUGUUUGCAGGAGGUGGAGUUGGGCGAAUAUGAAAACUACCUUCGUGAUGAUCUGAAGAAACUUGGCGACUACAAUGGUGCAUUUUGGCCAAAAUCUAGAGCGAAAACUAUGGGUGAAAAAGAGCGCAUGGUCGUUGAUGGCUGUGCUGUCUUUUUCCGAUCUUCAAAGUUCAAUCUCAUUGAACAGCAAGUUUUGGAAUACAAUCAAUCUUCGCUCAAGCGAGAUGAUUUCAAGAAAACCGCUGAUAUCUACAAUCGUGUGAUGACCAAGGACAACAUUGCCGUGAUGCUUAUGUUGGAAAACAAGCAUACACAUGCUCGUAUACUAGUUGUCAAUACCCAUCUCCAUUGGGAUCCCAGUUUUGCUGAUGUUAAACUUGUUCAAAUCGGUUUGUUGAUGGAAGAAGCCAUCAAGUUUGCAGAAAGACAUCUCCAGCCGACUCCAGAAUCCUCCCCUGAAGCUCCCGUUUAUGAAUCGGCUACUCAGCUACCUACCAUCAUUUGUGGUGAUUUCAACUCCGUCCCGUCCUCGGGUGUCUACGAGUUUUUAUCCAGAGGCUCGGUCAAGCAAGAUCACGAAGAUUUUGGUAACCACGCGUAUGGUGCUUACACUACAGAAGGACUGACGCACGAUUUGAACCUUAGAAGUGCUUAUUCCUCGCUAAACGAAUUGCCUUUCACCAACUAUACGCCUGGUUACAAGGGUGUCUUGGAUUACAUUUUCCCGUCCGCCAAUACGUUUAGCGUGUCUGGCGUGUUAGGUCCAAUUGACAAAGAAUAUAUCAGCCGACAAGUUGGUUUCCCCAACCCACACUUUCCUUCAGAUCAUAUACCGAUCAUGUGCGAGCUUGUUCUCAAGACACCGGCAAAGGAAAAGAAGGAAACUCCAUCCGUCUUUGCGAAAAAUUAAAGCAGUGUGUUAGUAAGGCAAAGGGUCCUUCUUCGCUUGACAAAUUUUAUUUCCUGUCACUUUAUUCGUUUUCUAUCAAUGUAUAUUUGGGAUAUGAAAGGUGUUGUGGUUAUCGGUAGCGCACCACCCCUUCUGUUUCUUGUUAUUCACCUCUUUGGAUCUUCUUGUUGAUACAAUAGGCCACCUUU